UGGUCGGAGAUUAGCCACCAUCGGAGGGAACUGGUCGCGCAGCUAGGAAAAGCACAAUGUCGCAAUCACUACGUCCCUACCUCCAGGCUGUCCGGAGCAGUUUGACGGCCGCCCUCUGUCUCUCCAACUUUGCUUCCCAGACCGCCGAACGUCACAAUGUCCCCGAGGUCGAAGCCCGGACUUCCCCUGAAGUGCUGCUUACACCCCUGACGAUUGCGCGUAACGAGAACGAGCGAGUCCUCAUCGAGCCCAGUAUCAACAGUAUACGCAUUAGCAUCAAGAUCAAGCAGGCCGACGAGAUUGAGCACAUCCUGGUACACAAGUUCACCCGGUUCUUGACACAAAGAGCCGAGUCCUUCUUCAUUCUCAGAAGAAAGCCCAUCAAGGGCUACGACAUCUCCUUCCUGAUCACCAACUUCCAUACCGAGGAGAUGCUCAAGCAUAAGCUGGUGGACUUCAUCAUCCAGUUUAUGGAGGAGGUUGACAAGGAGAUUUCUGAAAUGAAGCUCUUUCUAAAUGCGCGGGCGCGUUUCGUUGCCGAGUCCUUCUUGACACCAGUAAGCCCUUGAAAACCAGCCCUCACAAUGAGUGGCUAUGCUAACAAACCUCGCCCCAACAGUUCGACUAAGCGAGUAUUCUGGAGAUCACUGGUGUUGCGUUUGCUGUUUCCGGGAUUUCCCCGACGUGAAAUCAUGUUGCACGCAUGUGGAUGGCGCUUUUGGGAGGCAAAGAGAAACACAAUGAGAUUACGAG